AUGCACUUCUGCAACUUCACAGACAGAAACUGCACGGAGGGUUUCAAUGUAACGCGGCAGCUGGACACGGGUACUAAGGGGAAUGCCAGCGCUGCGCACAAUGACAGCGACCCGUUUGGACGGAACGAGGAGGUCGCCAAGAUCGAGAUCACGGUUCUGAGCGUCACGUUCCUAGUAGCCGUGUUGGGGAACGUCAGCGUGCUGCUGGCCAUGUACAAAACCCGCCGGAAGCCGUCCCGCAUGCACCUGUUCAUGAAGCACCUGAGCCUGGCGGACCUGGUGGUGGCCUUCUUCCAGGUCCUGCCGCAGCUCUGCUGGGAGAUCACCUUCCGUUUCUACGGGCCAGACUUUCUGUGCCGUAUCGUGAAGCACCUGCAGGUCCUGGGCAUGUUCGCCUCCACGUACAUGAUGGUGAUGAUGACGCUGGACCGGUACAUCGCCAUCUGCCACCCACUGCAAACGCUCCAUCAGCCCACCAAGCGCGCCUACGUGAUGAUCGUGUCCACCUGGGUGUGCAGCCUGGUCCUCAGCACCCCGCAGUACUUCAUCUUCUCCCUGAGCGAGGUGCACCCCGGCUCGGCCGUCUACGACUGCUGGGGACACUUCAUCCAGCCUUGGGGCGUGCGCGCUUACAUCACGUGGAUCACGGCCGGGAUCUUCCUCGUACCCGUGGCCGUCCUGGUGCUCUGCUACGGUUUCAUCUGCCGCACCAUCUGGAGGAACCUGAAAUACAAAACUCAAAGGAAAGGUGUCGGCGCCAUGGCCGAGGCCACCAAAAACGGGCUCCUGGGGAGAGCAUCGGUCAGCAGCGUCAGCACCAUCUCCCGGGCCAAAUUACGCACGGUGAAGAUGACUUUCGUGAUCGUCCUGGCCUACGUGGUGUGCUGGGCUCCCUUCUUCACCGUGCAGAUGUGGUCAGUGUGGGAUAACAGCUUCUCUUGGGACGACUCAGAGAACACAGUGGUGACUCUCUCUGCACUGCUGGCCAGUCUCAACAGCUGUUGUAACCCCUGGAUCUACAUGAUCUUCAGCGGUCAUCUCCUCUCAGACUUCGUGCACUGCCUCCCGUGUUGCCACAGGCUGCGCAACAAGUUUGGCCGCCAGGAUUCGGACAGCAGCAUCCGCAGAACCACGCUCCUGUCCCGCCUGCAGGGCCCACGCCUGUCUGAGCCAUUUAGAGACCUGGACCCCGCCCCCAGACACUGUCCGUCCAUCCCGUCGACGUCCUGA